AAUAUGGCCCCGAGAAGAACGCAGCAGGUGGGGGCGGGGCCUUCCAUGGAGCAAACCUACAUCUCCAAGGUGGUUCUGCUGGGGAGCAUGGCCCUGGGAAAGUCAAGCAUAGCCUUCUGCUAUGUGAAAAAUGACUUCAGGGAAUCCAUGCCCACUGUGGGAUGUUCUUUCUUCACCCAGCUGGUAUGUUUAGAGACUGCCACGAUUAAGCUUGAGAUCCGGGACACUGCAGGACAAGCGAAGUACCAUAGUGUUUGCCACCUUUAUUACAGCAGGGCGAAUGCUGAACUUCUUGUAUAUGACAUAACCAGAAAGAUAGGAAGCUUUAGGUCUUGCAGCAGAAUCUGCUGGAAUGCAACGGUGGCUCUAUCACCGGACACGCUGCUCUUCAGAAAGGAGGCGGAGGAGUUUGCAAAGAGCAAAAGCUUAAUCUACAUGGAAACGUCGGCAAAAUCCAAUCACCAAGUGACCGAGGUGUUUAUGGCCAUAG